UAAUGUAAGUUUGCGCAAUAUCCCAUUGACCUGAAUGCUCUUUACCCAUAACCCAUAACGCACCGCGGUCGUUCUGAGAAAAAUGGCGUCGAGGGCACCAGUAGCGACAGGCAGGCUCCUGCUUGGUGUCCGCAAAUGGUAUUAUAACCUGUGUGGCUUCAACAAAAUUGGUUUAAUGCGUGAUGACACAAUCCUUGAGGAUUCAGAUGUGAAAGAGGCCCUGAGGAGGAUUCCAGAGACCCAGUACAAUGACCGGAUGUUCAGGAUCAAGAGAGCCUUGGAUCUCUCCAUGAAGCAGCAGAUCCUCCCUAAAGACCAGUGGACAAAAUAUGAAGAGGAUGAGCGAUACCUGACACCCUAUCUGGAGGAGGUGGUCCGUGAGAGGCAAGAAAGGGAGGAGUGGAUGAAGAGAUAGAUGGUUUCCAGUUAAAGCUAUUAAUCCUCGUCUUCAGUCAGUGCAUGGUUGUCCCCUGGUGUAAUAUUUAAAAUGAGAUCUUACCUAUAUAAAACUGCUCAUUAAAAAAUUGUACAUUUUGAAA